AUGGCCAUGUUAUGGUGGAAGCGCAAAGAGUCCGAGAUCGGGAAGGGUCUAUGCACCAUCAAUACCUGGGAGCAGUUUUGGGACGAGUUCAAGAAGGCCUUCUUCCCCAACAAUGUCAUCUAUGAGGCCAAACGCAAGUUUCGGGAGCUGAAGCAUACGGGUAGCAUACGUGCCUAUGUGAAGGAGUUCACUACCCUUACGCUUCAAAUCCCCAACCUUACAGAUGAAGAUAUGCUCUUCCACUUUAUGGAUGGGCUGCAGAGUUGGGCCAAGACGGAGUUGGAGCGCCGUCAAGUCAGCACCAUCGAUGAGGCCAUCACCCAAGCCGAAGCCUUGACGGACUUUAAGCAUGACAGGCAUGACAGAGGCAAGGGCAAAGAAAUAAGGAGUAGUCAUGCCAAAGGUAGGGGAUAUCGUGGAAAAGGCAAAGAGCAACAUCCUCCACCCAAGAGCCAUGAUUCCAACAAGUUCGACGGUAAGAGGUUCGGGCGACAGGGCUACGCCGAGAGAAAAGAGCAGACCACAAAGGGCAGCGGCUGCUACAUAUGUGGAGGUCCUCAUGGCUAUGCUAGGUGUCCGAAGAUGAAGAACCUUGGUGCCAUACUGCGGGAGCGAAAGGACAAGGAAGUAGACCAAGGGCAGGGCUCGGACACAACUCAGCUAGGCAUGAUCGGGCUAUGUGGAGCCAUUGCAAAGCAAGCUGAGAAGGCGGGGGACUACUCUGCCCAAUAUAUUGACAUAUCCAUCAACGGACGACCAGCUCGUGCCAUGGUGGAUUCUGGAGCAGAAGCCAACAUCAUGACCAAGACGGCGGCAGCAAGGUUGGGGCUACGUUAUGGGCCAAGCAACACCCACCUGAAGACGGUCAAUGCCCCAUUGACUCCCAUGUGCGGAGUCGCUCAUGGAGUGGACAUCACGUUGGGCAAGUGGCAAGGUAAGACAAGCUUCACUGUCGCCCCCUUAGAUAUCUUUGAUAUCAUCCUUGGACAGGAGUUCUUCCAACGGUACCACACGAUGAUCGAUCCCUACCUCCAACAACUCUUGGUGAUGGAGCGAGAGGGACCCUGCAUGGUACCUCUAGUCAAGAUGCCAAAGAAGGAAGGACAAGCCCACCUAUCGGCCAUGCAGCUUGUGAAGGGCCUAAAGAAGGAGGAGCCGAAGUUCGUAGCCACCAUUGCGAGCUUGGAUGAAGGCAAUGGUGCUAAGGAGACCUUACCACCUUGCAUAGAGAAGGUGCUUGAAGAAAACAAGGACGUGAUGCUCGAAGAGUUGCCAGGACACCUACCUCCAAGGCGCGAGGUAGACCACAGGAUCGAGCUGGAGCCAGGAGCAAGGCCGCCCGCAUACCCAUCAUGCCGCAUGGCUCCACCCGAGUUAGAGGAGCUGAGGAAGCAGUUGAAAGAGCUCCUUGAGGCCGGUCAUAUCCGUCCAUCCAAGGCACCUUAUGGCGCGCCGGUGUUGUUUCAAAGGAAGAAGGAUGGCUCACUUGGACAGGCCAAGUACUUCACCAAGGUGGAUUUAAGGAAGGGCUACUACCAGGUACGCAUAGCAGAGGGAGAUGAACCAAAGACAACAUGUGUGACGAGGUAUGGAGCUUACGAGUGGUUGGUGAUGCCCUUCGGCUUAACCAAUGCACCCGCCACCUUUUGCACAUUAAUGAACAAAAUCUUCCACCCCUACUUAGAUCGGUUUGUGGUAGUCUACUUGGAUGACAUAGUCAUCUACAGCAAUACCUUGGAUGAGCACGUGGAGCAUCUAAAGAAAGUAUUCCAAGUCUUGCACGAGAAUGAGCUUUUCAUCAAGCGGGAGAAGUGCGAGUUCGCCCAACAUGAAGUGCACUUCUUGGGACAUGUUAUCAGCCAGGGAGAGCUACGGAUGGACGAAGCAAAAGUUCGGGCCAUCAAAGAGUGGGAGGCGCCCACAAAGGUAACCGAACUUAGAUCUUUUCUUGGACUUGCUAACUAUUACCGCAGGUUCAUAAGCGCCUACUCCGCUAAAGCCGCUCCACUUACUGAGCUAUUGAAGAAGAAUAAGCCAUGGGUUUGGAGCGAGGAGUGCAAAGAGGCCUUUGAAGACCUCAAGGCUGCCGUGAUAGAGGAGUCGGUCCUAGCGUUGCCUGACUUCACAUUCGAAGUGCAUACGGACGCCUCUGACUAUGCCAUUGGAGGAGUAUUGAUGCAAGAGAGGCAUCCUAUUGCCUUCGAGAGCCGCAAGCUGAACGAGACAGAACGGCGGAAGAUCGAGCUGGCGGCCAUCACCACAGCACAUUGUGAUAUCCAGGACGCAAUCAAGGAUGGUCUGCAGCAUGAUCCAGAGGCAAAGCGACUUAUGGAGUUAGCCACUCAAGGCAAGACAAGGCGCUUCUGGGUAGAAGAUGGACUUCUGCUUACCGCCGGACGAAGGAUCUAUGUGCCGAAAUUCGGAACUAUCAGGCGAUGGAUCAUGAAGGAAAGCCAUGACACUUUGUGGGCCGCACAUCCAGGGCAGCAUCGCACGAGGGCAUUGAUUGUGGCGAUUUACUAUUGGCCACACAUGCGGGACGAUAUUGAAUGCUAUGUGCAGACGUGUCUGGUAUGCCAGCAAGACAAAGUAGAACAACGUCAACCAGGAGGACUCUUGGAGCCCCUGCCUGUAGCGGAGCGUCCAUGGGAAAGCGUGACCAUGGACUUCAUCAUAUGCUUACCGAAGUCCGACGGGUACGGGACGAUUAUGGUCGUGGUGGACAGGUUUUCCAAGUAUGCCAGCUUCAUGCCCGCCACGGCAGGUUGCACUGCUAAGGAGGCUGCCAGGCUAUUCUUCAAGAAUGUGGUGAAGUAUUGGGGAUUGCCAAGGCACAUCAUCAGUGACAGAGACCCACGCUUCACCGGGAACUUUUGGAGAGAAUUGUUAGAGAUUUUUGGCACGAAACUGCAUUUCUCCACUAGUUUCCACCCGCAAACAGACGGCCAGACGGAGCGAGUCAAUGCCUUACUGGAGUGCUACUUGAGGCACUUUGUGAGCUCCCAUCAGAAGGAUUGGGCAAGACUACUAGACAUAGCCCAAUUCUCUUACAACCUACAGCGGAGUGAGGCCACAGGGCGGACACCAUUCGAGCUAACCACAGGCCAACAACCAUAA